AUGAAGAAUAACUCAGAAACCUCUUAUAAUUACAAAAAAAUUUUUUUCCAGGCAAGUGAAUAUAGCCGUAUUAAUAAAAUGCCUCGUGUUUAUAUUGCUGCAAAUUCUGGUGCAAGAAUUGGAUUUGCUUCAGAUAUAAAAAAUCAUUUAAAUAUUGUAUGGAAUGAUGAUGAUAGACCUGAAGAUGGAUUUAAAUAUUUAACUUUGGACCCUAAAGUUGAAAAUUCUGAAAUUCUUUCACAGAUUGAGUCAACUCUAUUAAACAACGGUAACAGACGUAUUGACGCAAUUAUUGGAAAAGAGGGAGAUAUUGGUGUUGAAAACUUGGUCGGUUCCGGUUUAAUUGCAGCGGAAACAAGUGCUGCAUAUCGCAAAGUUCCAACUUAUUGCUUGGUUUCUGGACGUGCUGUUGGUAUUGGAGCUUAUGUUGCUCGUCUUUCUCAUCGAAUCUGUCAAGUCGAAAAUUCUCAUAUAAUUCUUACUGGUGCAGCUGCAUUAAAUUCUGUUUUGGGUAGAGAAGUGUAUACAUCAAAUAAUCAACUUGGUGGACCACAGAUAAUGUACCAUAACGGUGUAACACAUUCUGUCGCUCAUGAUGAUAUGGAUGGAAUAAAAAAGAUUCUUCAUUGGAUAACUUAUCUUCCUCCUCCUCCCUCAACAACAAUGUUAUUACCUUCUCCAACAACACAACAACCAACAUUACCCCCUCUUACAAUGUUAAAAGACGACAAAGCAAGAAUGGUUCAUACCCAACCAACAAAAAGUGCUUAUGAUCCACGUUUAAUGUUAGAUCCUCCAGAUGGUGGUGGACUUUUUGAUAAGGGGACAUUUGAUGAAAUUAUGAGUGGAUGGGCAAAAACAAUAAUUGCUGGGAGAGCACGUUUAAGAGGACUUGCUGUUGGUGUUUUGGCUGUGGAAACACGAACGGUGGAAUGUGAAAUACCUGCUGAUCCAGCUACGCAAGAUUCUCAGGCUAAAUGUGUGCUACAAGCUGGUCAAGUUUGGCAUACUGAUUCGGCAUUUAAGACAGCAGAAGCAAUAAACGAUUUCAAUCAUGAAGGACUUCCUCUAAUCAUAUUAGCAAAUAUUCGAGGAUUUAGUGGUGGACAAAAGGAUAUGUUUGAAAUGGUACUAAAAUUUGGUGCUUGGAUAGUUGAUGCUUUACAAACAUAUACCCAACCAGUAAUAAUUUAUUUACCUCCCUUUGGCGAACUUCGUGGUGGUGCUUGGGCAGUAUUAGAUACACAAAUAAACCCAACAUGCAUAACAAUGUUAGCAGAUUCUAAUAGUCGUGGAGGUGUUUUGGAAGCAAAUGGGAUAGUUGAAAUAAAAUUUAGAGAGAAAGAUUUGUGUGUUUUACUUGGAAAAUGUGAUGAAAAAACGAAAAAAUUGGAAGAAGAAUUGGCUAAAAAUAAUAAAAAUAAAAAUUUUAAUGAAGAAAAGAAAAAAGAAUUGCAACAAGAAUAUGAGAAACGUAAAGAAAAACUUUUACCUGUAUGUAGAGCUGCUGCAGUUAAAUUUGCUGAUUUGCAUGAUACUACUGCUAGAAUGCUUGCUAAAGGGGCUAUACAUGACGAAGUAGCUUGGCAAAAUACUCGAAAUUAUUUUUACAAUUUACUCUGUGUACAAUCAAUUAAAAUGGAGAUGGCUAAAAAUUAUUUAUCUGCUUGUUCAAUUUCAACAACAAAUUUGUCUUCAUUUACAAUAGACGAGUUAGAAAAAGGGUGUAAAUGGGUAGAUAAACAUUUGGCUGAAACUUCAAUUUUAAUAAGAAGAGAAAUAAAUUUAAAAGAGAAGCCGUCAAUGGAUUAUUCUAAACGAACACGUUUUGAAUAUUUUUUUGAACAAAUUAUGGAAUAUUCUAAUGGAAAAGAAUUUUUACAAGUAUUGGAACAAAUUAAGGCAGAUACACUUUUAAAGCAACUUAAAUUGGUUACUGGUAAUUUAGAGCAGAGAGAACGCUUUGUUGCAGCAUUAUUAGAGAGGGAUUGA